GCACGUGGGGCAGGGCCUGUGGUGCCGAGGAGGGGCUGAGGGUGUGUUAGGUGCAGUGUCUCGCGCGUGCGGUUGGCGUGUAAGAGUCAAUUCUUUGGGUUUUGAGUGUGGGAUAAAUCAAUGUGGCUGUUUGUCCGUGGAAAGAAUUCCCACUGCAGUGUCCCGGAGCCCGCGUGUGGGGAAGCCCCUCCGAUGGUACCUCGCAGAGUGGGAGAGUCCUGAAGACGCAGCUCGGGCCGUGGGAAUAUGAAUCUCUUACCUAAAAGCUCCAAGGAGUUUGGCUCCGCUGACUAUUGGGAGAAGUUCUUCCAGCAGCGAGGAAAGAAAGCUUUCGAGUGGUAUGGAACCUACCUAGAACUGUGCGGGGUGCUUCACAAAUACAUCAAACCCAGGGAAAAGGUGCUGGUGAUUGGAUGCGGUAACUCAGAGCUAAGUGAGCAGCUGUAUGAUGUGGGCUAUCAGGAUAUAGUGAACAUUGAUAUCAGUGAGGUCGUCAUCAAGCAAAUGAAAGAACGCAAUGCCAGCCGACGGCCCCAGAUGAGCUUCUUGAAGAUGGACAUGACACAGAUGGAAUUUCCUGAUGCCUCCUUCCAGGUGGUGUUGGACAAGGGCACCCUGGAUGCUGUCCUGACAGAUGAGGAGGAGAAGACCUUGCAACAGGUGGACAGGAUGCUGGCUGAGGUUGGCCGUGUCCUGCAGGUGGGCGGUCGCUACCUCUGCAUCUCCCUGGCUCAGGCUCACGUCCUGAAGAAAGCAGUGGGUCACUUCUCUCGGGAGGGGUGGAUGGUGAGGGUGCACCAGGUGGCCAACAGCCAGGACCAGGUGUUGGAAGCAGAGCCUCGGUUCUCCCUGCCUGUCUUUGCCUUCAUCAUGACCAAGUUCAGACCAGUCCCUGGCUCUGCCCUUCAGAUCUUUGAGCUGUGUGCUCAGGAGCAGGGCAAGCCUGUGCGGCUGGAGAGUGCUGAGCAGCUGGCUGAGGCGGUGCGGGAGCGGCAGCAGUAUGCCUGGCUGUGCAGCCAGCUGUACCGCAAGGCCGGGCUGGGGAGUGUGUCUCUGGACUUGUGCAAUGGGGACACAGGGGAGCCACGCUACACCCUCCACGUGGUGGACAGCCCCGCUGUGAAACCAUCGCGGGACAGUCAUUUUGCCAUUUUCAUCAUCCCCCAGGGUCGAGAGACCGAGUGGCUCUUUGGCAUGGAGGAGGGCCGGAAGCAACUGGCGGCCAGCGCAGGCUUCAGGAGGCUGAUCACAGUGGCCCUCCACCGAGGGCAGCUGUACGAAGGCAUGGACAGCAUCCAGGCCGAGCUGUCAGCCAGAGUCAUGGAGCUGGCCCCGGCUGGGAUGCCCGCCCGGCAGCAGGUGCCCUUUCUGUCUGUGGGUGGGGACAUUGGGGUCCGGACCGUUCAGCACCAAGACUGCAGUCCCUUGAGUGGCGACUACGUCAUCGAGGACGUGCAGGGGGAUGACAAGCGCUACUUUCGGCGGCUGAUCUUCCUCAGCAACAGGAACGUGGUGCAGUCAGAAGCCAGGUUGCUGAAGGAUGUGUCUCACAGAGCCCAGAAGAAACGGAAAAAGGACAAGAAGAAGCAGCGGCCUGCUGAUAUUCCAGAGGACCUCCCUGCAGCCGCAGGGCAGUGCAUUGAUAAGAGUUACCUGUGCUGUGAACACCACAAAGCCAUGAUCGCCGGCCUUGCCCUGCUGAGAAAUCCAGAGCUGCUCCUAGAGACCCCACUGGCAUUGUUGGUGGUAGGCCUGGGCGGGGGCAGCCUCCCCCUCUUUGUCCACGAUCAUUUCCCAAAGUCCUGCAUCGAUGCUGUGGAGAUUGACCCCUCCAUGUUGAAAGUGGCCACCCAAUGGUUUGGCUUCUCCCAGAGUGACCGGAUGAAGGUCCACAUUGCAGAUGGCCUGGACUAUAUUACCAGCCUGGCGGGAGAAGAAGUACGGCCUCACUACGAUGUCAUAAUGUUUGAUGUAGACAGUAAGGACCCAACUCUGGGAAUGAGUUGUCCACCCCCAGCGUUUGUGGACCAGCCUUUCCUGCAGAAGGUCAAAAGCAUCUUGACUCCUGAAGGUGUCUUUAUCCUCAACCUUGUGUGCCGAGACCUGGGGCUAAAGGACUCGGUGCUGGCUGGGCUCAAGGCUGUGUUCCCCCUCCUGUAUGUCCGGCAAAUUGAGGGUGAAGUAAAUGAGAUCCUGUUCUGUCAGCUGCACCCUGAGCAGACACUUGCCACGCCGGAGCUCUUGGAAAUGGCCCAGGCCUUGGAGCAGACCCUGAGGAGGCCUGGGAGGGGUUGGGAUGACACGUAUGUCCUGUCAGAUAUGCUCAAGACGGUGAAGAUUGUGUGAUCGCUGAGGCCCGGCAGUUCUCUCAGCUUCCUGCUGGACUGACCUGGCCUGCCAGAGAUUGAAGAAAUAUAGUGCACAUUACUUUUUAAGCCUCCUAUCUUUCUUGGUUUCAUACUCAGCUGCAUAUGACCUCCAACUUGAUGAGGUGCCUGAAGAUCUGAGAAAAUAAAAAGUCCUUCCUUCC